AUGUCUUCUUCUGAAUCUGUUUUUUUUCCUGCCAAUUGUGAGAGCUCAUUAUUAUCAACCCUUCCCUCUAUAAACUUAUCAUUUGAUGAAAUGAAACAUAAAAUGGCACAAUUUACACUGAAGUUUGAUAAAUUUAUUAUGAAUAUGAGGGAAAAGAAAUUGGAAGAAAGAAAUCGCUAUAUGAAAAGUAUAGGAGAGGAUCGAGAAAUACAGAAAAAUCUUCAAAAACAAAUAAAUGAUUGUAAAGAGAUAGAAAAAAAUUCAAUUGAGGCUGUUGAGAAAGAAAAACAGGAAGUAAUUGAGGCGGAACGAUCAAUUGCAGAAUUUAAAGAAAAGAAAGCGAUGAUGACAGAGAAACGGGAAUAUUUAUUGCAACAAAUACAAGAAAUAAGUCAAGCAAUUCAAAAAAAACGGGAAUUUCGGACUAAUAUGAGACAUAUGUUCAUUAAGCAGGCAGCUAAAAACCAACCGGAGCUUCGAUUUUGGGAAGAGCAUUUGGCUAUGAAGAUUAAAGGUGUUAAAGAUGAUUUUCUUAAAAUUAUUUUUACACAUAUUGAUGAAAAUGAUUGGAUGAAGGAAUUUUAUUUCAUUAUUAAUCUUUCAAAAAGGGAAUAUGAGGUUACUGAAUGUUCACCCGCAUUGGCAACGGUUCAUGAAAUUGUGUCAAAAUUAAACAGUUCUAGAGAUUUUUUUGAAUUUCUUAAAAAUAUGAGAAAGGCUUUUAAAAAAUCUAUUCAACUAUCUUAG